AUGUCGACCAUUCAGAUAAGGGCAGAUAAACUCUACGAGAUUUGUCACAACGUUCCUAAGGUUGAACUUCACUGUCAUCUCUUUGGAACUAUUCGUAAAGACACAUUUUUGUAUUUUAAUGAAAGAGCAGGAAAGCCGUUCACAGACGAAGAGAUUCUGGCUUUUUAUAUAAGAGGAGAGAAACCAGUUGGUGUUUUAAAAGCUUUCAGAACAUUAGAUGCCAAGCUUAUCAAGUAUCCAAAAGACUUAUACAGACUGACAUAUGAGUACCUUGAAGAUGCGCAUACACAUAAUAUUUUGUAUACUGAAAUUUCAUGGAAUCCUACUGGUACAGCAUUGAAAUCUGGUAUUUCAUUCAAGGAUGCACAGAAAGCAAUAGUGGAUGCUAUUGACGAUGCUGAAAAGAAAAUCGGAAUUCAAGGAAGGCUUAUAUGUGCAAUAGAUAGAGCUGAUACAGGUGAAAAGGCAGUUGAGAUGGUUGAUUGGAUGCUAGAGAACCCAGAUCCUCAUACAAUUGGAAUUGGUAUAGACUAUAGAGAAACGGACAGGGGUCCCGAACUUUUCCACGAUGCAUAUGUCAAGGCCAAGAAGCAUGGAUAUAAACUGACUGCACACGCUGGUGAGUAUGAAUCACCUUGGCAAAAUGUUGACUACGUGGUCAAUACAUUGCAUGUUGAUCGAGUUGAUCACGGAUAUUCAAUGCUUCAUAACCCAAAAUUGGUCGAGCAGCUUGUCAGCGAAAAGAAGGUUAUUACUGUUGUUCCUACAAAUUCAUACUAUCUACGUAAUUUUACGCCAGAAGAAUGGGCACAGAAGCAUCCAAUCAGGAAGAUGAUUAAGCUUGGCUUGAGGAUUCAUCCUAAUACAGAUGACCCAACACUUCACGAUUCAGAUUCCACCAAGGACUGGAUGAUGAUGGUCAGUUGCUUUGGUGCUACAAUUUCUGACCUUGAAACAUUCUCCUUAAAUGGUGUCGACGGCUGUUGGGCACCUGAGGAAAAGAAGGAGGAAUUGCGUGCAGCAAUCACACAAUUCUUCGAAAAAUAUCUAUAG